AUGUUGCGCCGUGUCGUUUCCAUCAUGACAUCGUCAUCCCCGAAACGUUUCAUACCGUUAAAGAAGAGAAACCAUAAUCUCCCAGCCAGCACUCCCAGCCUUCGAGGUGUGGUCUUUGAUAUGGAUGGCACACUCUGUGAGCCUCAAACUUACAUGUUCAAGGAAAUGAGAGACAUAUUGGGGAUCAACAAAACAACGGACAUUUUGGAACACAUCGAAACACUCCCAACAUCGGAGCAGUCAGAAGCCCUGGAAUCUAUCCGCAACAUUGAACGAAAAGCCAUGAAGACUCAAACUCCUCAGCCAGGCCUCAUGACCCUUAUGGCGUAUCUCGACACCAACGCCAUCCCCAAAGCAAUCUGCACUCGCAACUUUGACGUUCCUGUCCAAAAUCUGAUGGACAAGUUUCUUGAGGGCUCUCGUUUUCAUCCAAUUGUCACACGAGAUUUCCGACCACCCAAACCCGAUCCUGCCGGCAUUUUGCAUAUUGCCAAGGACUGGGGCUUGACAAAUAAGGCUGGCGAGGGAGAUGCCAGUGGACUUAUCAUGGUGGGCGACUCUAUCGACGAUAUGACAGCGGGCAGGAAGGCGGGCGCGGCUACAGUACUGCUCGUAAACGACGUGAACCGACCUUUGGCGGAGCAUGCGCAUACUGACUUGGUCAUCAACACGCUGGAUGAGCUUGUUGCCGUUCUCGACGAUGGUUUCGUGGGCAGAGAAAUCAGCCCAGAGUGA